CGGCGCGAGAGCGAAUGGCGGGUCUUUUGACUCCGCGCUGGUGUCAUAUCGGCCUCCCUCUGCAGCCAGAAGCGAGCUCUCAGGCCCAGGGCGGAGCGGGUCCGAGUUUCGUAAGCCGUGGAAGUGGCUUCUGCCGGAAAAGGACAGGAUGUUCUGGUCCUUUUCAACCUACUCAGCUAUAGGAUGGUAUUAUUCAUUCCCAUGAGACUCAAGUGGAAAUAAAAAGGAGGCGGCAUCAUCUACGAACACACAAAGACUGUUUUACUGGUUCUGAUACUGUUGGUGUAGUAUUAAGUCAUCUUAUGCAAAAUAUGUGCCUAAGUAGUUAUGAUCUCUCUUGUCUUAAAGGAGUUCAUCUUUGCCAAGUUCUAAUGAACCAUAAAGUAUUUCAACUAGUAGGAGUGAGGCUUGUUAAAAAAAAUGAGAAGGAGUUGAAAUUUGAAGAUUCAAACAAUAGACUACAUAGGUUUCUCGGCAACAAAUCGUCUUUUUUUUGUGAAAGAAAAAAGGAUGCUGAGAAUGGAUUUAACAGAUAAAAUAAAUGCAAAAAAAUCUUCAAGGUUAUUUCAAAUCCUCUAGCAGAAAUUGGUGAGAAAAGAAUUAAGGAACUUAUUCAUGCAAAGAGAGGGAAUCUGGCUUUACCUCCAAAUAUCACAGUUGACAAACCUGUUCUCCUGCUUUCAAAAGAAGGUAAUUUAGAAGAAUUAGGACGGCUACUUACUCUUAUGGCUAUUGCAUCAGAGCCAACUUGUAAUGCCUACAAGUUACAAAAACAGUAUAAUGAAACAGUUGUCCUGAAAACUGCCAAAGCAGUUUUUCAUACCAAAUCAUUAUCAAAAGUAUGGGCAGAACAACUCAUCUGGUUUCUACUGGAAUAUCACUCUGAGCUCUUCAAGGUAUCUCUGGCAUUUUGCCUGGGCACAUUGAGUACCAACCAAGCUAUUUCUGUUAAGCAAAAAAGGCAAGUAAUUCACUUAAUAAAUAAUCUAUUAAGUGCCUGGAAUGUGCAAAGUUUGAAGGAAUGCUCUCUUCCCCUACCCACUAAAAAGAAGGAAGCUGACUUAAUGUCAAUAUUUGAAAAUAUAUUAAUUUCUUCAACCUAUUUCUGGUGCAUUACUAUGUGCCAGGCACUGUUUUAUUUAGGUGCUUAGAAUAUAAUACAUUAGCAAACAAAACACGAAGAUGAGGAUCCUUGAAGAGCUUAUAUCCAGAUGAUCAUGACAGACAAUAAAAAUAUACACACAGUCCUCACCGGUUUGGCUC